AUGGGAGUCACCAAGAAGACCAUCACCCCCGGAGACGGAAUCAACUUCCCCCAGCCAGGACAGACCGUCGUCAUGCACUACACCGGCACUCUUGAGAAUGGCCGCAAGUUCGACUCGUCAAGGGACCGGGGCGAGCCCUUUGUCACCCCGAUCGGAGUUGGACGCGUCAUUAAGGGCUGGGAGAAAGGUGUCCCGCUGAUGUCGGUAGGAGAGAGGGCUGUGCUGCACAUUACCUACGACUAUGGGUACGGUGCUCGCGGUAUGCCCCCCGUCAUCCCUGGCCUCUCCAACCUCAUCUUUGAUGUUGAGCUUUUGGAGAUUCGUAACUGA